GAAAAAAAUUUGAACAGCAAAACUUCGGGCUACGUGUGCAAUUCCUGUCGAUCAAGGCCAUUCUCUGCCACUAUUCUAGAAAGUUAUCCCGAGAGGGUAACGAAAGCGCUCCGAAGAAUAUUCCGAAGGCUUCCGACGGUUGAUCCCGUCGUAUCGGGGCUUGGGUUUGGGAAGUGUAAAGAUGUGAGAGUUUCACUCGAAUGUUUGUUCUGUUUUGAUAUAGCUUGUUUGAAUAUUUAAUGACUGCAUUUGCAGUCGAUAGGCAUCAGAGGGUUUCUUCGUAGUUCAUAAUGGACGACAGUGAUGUCGCCGGAAAAUCUGAUGUCGUAUACUCGAGCGGAGAGGACGGCUCGACGUCCGUGUUGUCAGAACGUGUAUCGUCUCUCGCCGCAGCGAUAUAUGCCGAAUUUGAACGUAUGAUACAAAAGCACGGUCAAGAUGCUGUAUCGGGGCUUAUGCCUUUGAUGGUAUCCGUUCUCGAACAGCUUGACGCGGCCUACAAUGACAACAACGAGCAGUAUGUUGAUUUGGAACUUCUAAAUGAUGACAACGAACAACUGCUAACACAAUACGAACGUGAAAAACAAUUGCGAAAGAUUGCAGAGAAUAAAUACCUUCAGGUGGAAGAUGAACAUGAGCAAGAGAAGCGAGAGAUCUUGAAGAAUUUCGAGGACGAGAAACUAGAAAAGAGAUCACUGGAAAGCAAAAUUAAGAGUCUAACUGAUCACGUGCAAAGAACCGAGGAAAGAUUAAAUGAAAAAUGUCGCGACUACAAUUCUCUUCAUCAAAGACACUCCGAAAUGGUUCGUCAUUUUAUGGAAAGAACGGAGAGGAGCGAGCGUGGUAGUCGACUGUUAGUAGGAACUCCUGGCGGAGCACUGGAGACACCGAAACAGAGAAAAUCAGCAGCGCGACCAGAAAAUGGCGUUAUGCCGGGCCUGUUCAGCUCCAUAUCACAACCAAACCUUGCCACCCCCGUCAGUCCAACGCCUCAAACACCAAAUGGGAAUGUUGACGUGAACCUUGAACAGAGUUUUGACAGGAAAAAUGAUCUCUCCUUCGAAGACGAGUCUGUUGUAAAACUCGAAGAUGAAGGGAAAAUGGUGACGAUAAACGCUGUGGGAGUGGAAACGAUGCACCGUCAAGCUGCCGACGCCAUUCCGUUUUCCGACGAGGCACGGACGGCGAUGCUGGCACACGAAGCUGCUGCCAUCGUGAAGGAAAACGAUAAGGUGCAUGUGGAGACCGGUUCUCCUGCGGUCAAAGAACAAAACGGUGAAGUAAAACAAGAACUCAAUGCCAGCGCGAUAAGUUCACGUACAAGCAGCAUGGAUUCGGACGCGAGCAACGUGAAAACGUGCAACAUAUCGGAUAUAAGCCACAUCCCUGUGGUCAGCGUACAGGAUGUGCAAAAUUUAAUAGUUAGUCCGAGGAGCAAGUCCGAGUCGGCCAGUGAGUCGAUGAUCAGCGAACUGAGUCCCGAUAUUCGAGCGAUCUUAUCAUCGACUCCAGAAUUGGAAAGCUCGGCGACUCGGAAUUCCAAGGUGAGCAAAGGCUCGAGGGAUAACGUCAAGACCGCGCUGGAGUUCGACCCCGCGCAGGAAUUCGUGAACACCAACUCGUUGUUCGCUGAAUUGUCGUGCCAGGAGCCGAGCGCCAUCGGAGAAAUCGACGAGGGAGCGGAGAUAUCGGUCAUGGGAAAAGAACUGGAGUCGGUAUUAAAAGAGAACGAAGAACUCGUGAAAACAAAGGGCAAACUGCUGACUCAGAAAAACGACUUGUUGAAUAGAAUUGAAGAAAUAACCAGAGAAAACGAAAUCUUGAAAGAUGAAUCGAAGAUGUUGCAGGAGAAAAUGCAAUCGCUGUCAACCCAGGGGGAAAGUUAUGGACAGCAACAACAGGAAAUCAAAAGGUUAAAACAUGAGCUGGACAAAUCGACUAUGGCACUAAAAGAGGCGAAUGUUUCAGCUGCACAUCGCAAAAGAUUCAGCCGAGUUGAAAUGGCGCGUGUGUUGAUGGAAAGAAAUCAAUAUAAGGAAAGGUUGAUGGAACUACAAGAAGCUGUCAGGUGGACGGAGAUGAUAAGAGCUUCAAAAGAAAAAAGCCUCGAAUUACAACAGAAAAAGAAGUCGUGGGUUUGGAAAUUAUUCAGCGGUCUUUUCAAUACUGCUCCAAAGAAGCCCAGCCCAAGUCCUUCGAGUAUUAAGUAUUCCGCACCAGGGCCUUCAGCAGGGGGAUCUACAGGGCUUCCUUCGGAUUCCACCGCAGAAGUAUCGCCUGGAGUGGUAGAUAGUCAAGUAGAUCGACAACGAUUGAUGGAGAAGAGAACAAGAAUGAAGCAGUUGCGAGCCUCCAUUAGCUCUGGUAUGUCGGAGGGUCGAAUGCAAGCAUAUGGAUGGAGUUUACCAUCACGAUAUUCAACUGAGGGAGCAAAUGGAAGCAAAGGUCUUGUUUCCGUCCCUGUUCCCAUCUACUGUAGGCCAUUGAACAUCAGUGAACCUGGUAUGAAGAUUUGGUGCGCGGCUGUGGUCGAGCGACGAUCGAAAGAUGGCGGUUCGCCCAUAGGAGGUAGUGUAUUCUACGCUGAAAGUUGUCGCGAAUCGAGUUCUUCUAAGGCCAGUGAUAAUUCGUCUUUAGAAGAAUCGUCCUCAACGACCCUGUGGAUAGGGAGUAGCACCCAUUCGUGCAGCAAGGUUACGGUCAUCGACGGAAAUUCGCCCCAGAAAAUCCUAGAAUGUUUUGUAUUAUGUUCGUCUCAUCUCCUGUGCAUUGCUGCUGUUCCCGGCGUGAGCGAGGAUGAUUGUGAAGAGAAUGUGGAUGUUGCUGAUAUAUCCUAUGAUACUGGACCAGGUGAAGUUAAAGCCAGUCCUGGCCAACCUCGCCGGUCCGUUGAUGCCUCUGAUAGUUUUGAAAGUUUUAACAAGACCAACGAUUCCCUGUCUACGUCAGACCUAAUUGAUCCUCUUGAGGUGAAACCGAAAGCUGUAUGCGGCGAUCAAGCUGUGGUCAAUGGCGCUACUCAAGAUGGUAGCACUACGAAGAUUGCCGAAGGACCGAUGGAUAAAGUCAGCACGAUGCUUCCUACGGUUUGGUUCGGCGCACAGUCGGGAAGCAUUUAUAUCCAUUCUGCAGUUAGUGAUUGGAAGAGAAGCCUUCACUCGAUCAAGUUGAGAGACUCGGUCCUCAGCAUUGUUCACGUAAAAGGGAAAGUUCUUAUCGCCCUUGCUGAUGGAACAGUUGCCAUCUUUCGACGUAAACCAAAUGGCCAAUGGGACGCUCAAAACUAUCACUUACUGGAUCUUGGGCGUCCUCAUCAUUCCAUCCGUUGCAUGACUGUUGUCCAUGAUCAUGUCUGGUGUGGCUAUCGGAAUAAGAUUCAAGUGAUUAACCCGCAAAUUAUGAGGAUUGUGAAAUCCUUUGACGCACAUCCGCGAAGAGAAAGUCAAGUCCGCCAGUUGUCUUGUAUUGGUGACGGAGUGUGGGUCUCUAUUCGUUUAGAUAGCACAUUAAGAUUGUAUAACGCUCAUACGUAUAAUCAUCUUCAAGAUGUUGAUAUUGAACCUUGUGUCAGCAGUCUCAUAGGUGCUGGCAAACUUGGCUUUUCGUUUGUUCGUAUUACUGCAUUAAUGUUGACGAAGGAUCGUAUGUGGGUUGGAACAGGAAAUGGGGUCGUAUUGUCCAUACCGCUGGUUGCUGCCCAACCGGAGUCAUCCAGAUCAGUUGUGACUUCGCCAACUGAGUCCUCUAACGGGGGGCCCGGCGGAGUAGUUAGGGUAUACACGGACACAAUGGAGAAAGGAGAGAAAUCUGGCGUGUCUAGCUUUAUGCCAUAUUGUUCAAUGGUGAAUGCUCACAUCUCAUUCCAUGGGCAUCGGGAUUCGGUGAAAUUUUUCGUAACUGUUUCCGGAAGCAUGGAUAAAGCAACUUCACUUUCUUCACCCAAACUUUCCACGUCAUCGGCUAAAGCUGAGUCCGCGUUGUUUACAUCAAUGACAACGGAAAAUGACAAAAGUUGGCUUGUUAUCAGCGGCGGUGAAGGUUACAUUGACUUUAGAACUGGUGAUAAUAUCGAAGGAGGUGAAAAUAUAGGUGGGCCGGAGGACAUUCCCUCAAGUUCCAAAAUGUCAUCGGCUGAAAAUAGUCACAUUAUGGUUUGGCAAGUUACAGGUGAUUGAGACAGCGUGAUCGCUUGUCGAUAAAGAGCAAACAUUUUAUUGUAGUCUUUAUCAGGAAUAUCCGGUGAUUUUAUCUCAAUAUGAAUGGUUACAUAUUUUAACGCGUAUGAUAUACAAGAAUAAGACGUUGGUUAUUCGGUGGUAUUCGAGCUGAAAGACAUUCUGCCGCUUGAACAAUAUGCUAUUUUAGUAAAUGACUGGUUGAUUUCAAUGGAUAAGGUCAUUUAAUUAUUAUGUGGACUCUAUAGGCAAGAUUCUCAAAAUAUCGUUUAUUCGAUUUCUACAUAAAGCAACAUUGGAUGGAACGCAUAUAUUGAUAUACAGUAUGAAGACGCAAAAGGUGUACGAAAUAUCCCGUAUAAUUUAUUGUCAACCGUUGAUGACCGUCGCCUUACCAAGGUGUAAAGGUUUCGCAUGUAUAAACUACAAGAGCGAAGGGUUUCUAGACGAUGUGCAAUAUGAAGCUCCACACAACGGCCGGUAUCCGACGAAAGGUUGUUACUAUGUUUUAAAAAGAAACGCUGUUCGUUGUCGGUUGGUCAAAAUAGGAACAGUGGGAUUUCACGUGGCUUACAGUAUUUAUCGAUGCAUGUGCAUGUUUAUUGCAAUUAUACCGGAUCGUAUAAUAAAAUGGACUGAUUUCUGAUAUAUCGAUUGUUUUUUUCCCAUUUUGUUUUGAAAAAGGAAUUGCUUACGAAUUGCCUCAUAUCAUACUUGAAACUAGCUUGUUUCAAAUAUGGCGGACCUCGUGUGAGGAACGAAUAAAAAAUUAAU